AUGCCAGUGCCGGCGUUGCCCCUCGAACUCGAGAAAGAAAUUUUUAUUCUCGCUAUUGAUUGCAUACAGCAAGCUUACUCCCUUCUGUUUGUUUCACGGCGGUACUACUGUCGCAGGACUGAAAGGCUGCUUUAUCGAAAAAUCGUUUUGCCAAAUGAAACCAUUGCAGUCUCCUUUCUUGCCUCACUUCGUAUUCGGUCCCAGCGCUGCAGUGAUUUCGCUCAAGGGGCUGUGCAGUCACUGUGCAUCGAGGGCGACGUACUUCUGAGUACAGCCGCAGAUAUCCUUUCCCUGUGCAGCGGUACCACCAAUCUUGCAUUAUGGAUUGCACCAUCAGACUUCAACGGAACAACAAAUCCUCUGCUGCGGCCCUUAAAUGACCUCCCCCUAACAUCUUUAUCGCUUAGUUUAUCCUCGAUUUUCCAAUACACCCAAUUUGUCUCUCUUUCCACUUUCAAGGCCUUCAGUACAGCGACACGUCUUGAAAUUCUCAAUGCUUGGGUGUUAUGGAACUCCACAGUUGGUCUGGAGUAUCUUCAUGGACUGACACACUUGUGCUUACAUAUUCAUACGCGGAGGACUAAGCCAGAAUUAGUGACGACCCUUCUUGCUUCGUCAAACCUUCAAGUAGUUGUGUUUCGCAUCUCCGAGGAUAUCGACGCAGUGCAAACAUUUUUGAAGUCUAAUUCCCUCAGCGACUCUCGCAUCGUGCUGGCAUCUCAAGUUCCCACUGCCUGGGGUGAAUUUGGAGGUGACAACAUGUCUCUCUGGAAGGGUGCUGAUCAAGUAGUAGAUUGGAGACGCGCUAGUACACAAAGAGGGUCUGCACCGAGACAAAAUGAACCUUUAUACUGCUCGAGGAAACUUGCCUCCUGA